UAUAUUUAUCAUGUUUAUAGGUAUCAAAGUAUUGCAGAACCGGUCUAAAAUUCACUUCGUCGACUCCUGUGAAAAACACAAAUCAAUUUGGGUCUGAUGCUGAAAUGGAGACAACAGAAUUUGAUGUGCUAGAAUGUAGUAGCAUAGCAGGGUCAAGUUCUACUUUCGAAGAGGCGCAAUUCGAUCUAUCUUUUGAGAGUAGUUUUGAAAAUACACGUAAUCUCAACGGAAAAACGUCAUCAAGAACUAAGAAAAUAUCAGUGAAAGCACUAUCAAACCAGCAAAAGUUACUAAAGAAAGCCAUAUCAACUGCCGUGAACUGCCUCAUCAGAUCCAGAAGAUGCAAAUUGUCCUGUCUUGCAGGAAUAUCAGUUGAUUUUGUAAAGCGAGAAAGAACAAAAGUCUGGACGAAAAAUUUUGAAGGCAGGGUAGAAUGGUUCUCUGAUAAGUAUUCGGAGGCCAUUAACAAAGAAAGAUCAAUAAGAUUUACAGUCGAAGAUGGAAAACAAAUAUGCUCAAAAUGUUUUCAAAACUUAUAUAGACUUGAUAAGUCCUUCUAUUACAAAUACGUAGCUAAUUUUGAGCGAGGUGCAGUUUCCGCAGGCUUCCGAAAUUAUAAACAACACCACACAACAACAGAAAAAGCGAUAGAAUGGAUGCAUGAUUUUGCCUUGUUUCAUGGGGAUCAGAUGCCUGACAAAGGAGUUAUUCUUUUAGCUUAUAAAACUAGAAAAAUAGACAUUUAUAACCAAUACGUUGAGGAAGAAAUCGAAAAAAUGCAACGAAGUGUAUCAAAGGCAAACUUUUACAAGAUUUGGAAGGAGAAAUUUCCACACCUGAAGAUAAAACAGACGAACUCUUUUUCAAAGUGUAACACGUGUACUAAAUUGGAUGCUCAGCUCCAGGUGACAAGAGAUCCCUUAGAGCGUGAAGAAAUAAAGGGUCUCAUCAAGGCACAUAAUUACCGACAGAUGAUGGAGAGAAAAUACUACUAUUCCAAACGGAAUCAAGCGAAAGAAAAUUCUCGAAGAUUUAUGUCGAUCAUUAUAGAUGGGAUGGAUCAGAUGAAAACGAACCUUCCUCACUUUCUUGGUAGACGAUCUAACGAUCUAGAUGUAGCGAAUUUGUUGUCAACUCACAUCCAGGGAGUCAUUAAUCAUGGAUUGGAGAAGUUCACCAAAUACUUGGAUAUUAAUGAAUAUGCCCAUGAUUCAAACAUGGUCAUUAAUACAAUUUUAAAGGAAUUAUAUGGAGCAAGCCUGCAAAUGGGUAACUUUCUUCCACCAACCUUGUAUAUUCAGGCAGACAAUUGCUUCAGAGAGAAUAAAAAUAGAUAUACACUUGGAUUUUGUGAACUGCUAAUAUGGAAGAAUAUCUUUAAAGAGGUGCAUUUAUCAUUUCUCUUCGUGGGACAUACCCAUGAAGAUAUUGAUGCUGGAUUCAGCAAAAUUGCAGACCAGCUAAGAAGGAACGAAGCAGGAACUAUUCCAAGACUCUUAUCACUUAUCCCCAAUACAAGGCAACUUAGAGGACUCUACGAUAUUAAAAAUUGGCUUACUCCAUGCCUCAACUCAGUAGCUCAUCACACAAAACCCCAUCACUUUAGAUUUCGACGGAAUGAAGAAAAUAAGAUAAUUACAGAAUAUAAAGGAAGCCAUAACAGCCAAUGGAAACAACUUCAAAGGCCGAUUUUAAAACAAAUUCCAAGAGGACUACCUAAAAUUCUUAAACCUCAAAAUUUUCACAAAAUCAAUAUUGAUGCCCUUGAAAAAAAUAUUGAUAGAUCCAAAUUUUUGUUUUCCGAUCAGAACCAAUUCCAGUGGUGGAGGAGAUUUACGGCGUAUUUAAGGGACCUUCAGUCUGAUACAAGGAUGCAAUUAGAGUAUGCCAAAGAACAUGCUCGAUGGCUACUUCCCUUGCUACCAAAACAGAAAGACAAUCUUGAUAGACAAGCAGAGCAAUCUAGAAUUAAUCCAGAGCUUCAUGAAAUGGUUGAUAAAGAGUUGGAUGAACCACAGGUACAAAUGCAAGUUAAAAGGAAUGUACCAUCAAUGAGCAAAGAGCGAAGGAAGGCAGGAACUGAUGCAUCGAACAGAG